AUGGCGGAAACCAAAAUAAUUUAUCAUAUCGACGAAGAGGAGACUCCGUAUUUGGUGAAGAUUCCAAUUGCUGCCGAGAAUAUCACUUUGCUGGAUUUUAAACAGGUCCUGAACAAGCCAAACUACAAAUUCUUCUUCAAGUCUAUGGACCAAGACUUCGGGGUGGUGAAGGAAGAGAUUUCCGACGAUAGCGCCAAGUUGCCAUGUUUCAACGGCAGAGUGGUGUCAUGGUUGGUAUCUUCAGAUACUCCUGCAGCAGAGCCUCCAGUGGCAGUGCCCCCCCCUGUGGAGACAACUACCCAGCCUUUGCCCCCUCCGCCACCCCUUCCACCCCCACCUGCAGAAAGGACCGGGGGCAUCGGGGACUCCAGACCACCUUCUUUCCACCCCAAUGCAACAGGCAGCGUGGAGACUUUGGACGACCAGACUGAAACCGAGUCUGUAGUUUCUUUCAGGAGAGAGAGGCCUCGGCACAGAGAGAGCAUGGAACAACACGGCCCUCGUAUGAACGGCCAGAGUCGUCUGGAGCGCCACCUGGCAGGAUAUGAAAGCUCCAGCACCGUGAUGAGCAGCGAGCUCGAAACGACCAGCUUCUGCGACUCCGAGGACGAUGACACCAUGAGCAGGUUCAGCAGUGCAACGGAACAGAGCACCGCCUCGAGGCUUCUUAAACGCCACCGGCGACGGAGGAAACAGCGCCCCCCGCGGCUGGAGAGGGCCUCCUCCUUCAGCAGUGUUACAGAUUCCACGAUGUCCCUGAAUAUCAUCACAGUCACUCUCAACAUGGAGAAGUACAACUUCCUGGGUAUCAGCAUAGUGGGUCAGAGCAAUGAAAGGGGGGAUGGAGGCAUCUACAUUGGCUCCAUCAUGAAGGGAGGAGCUGUGGCUGCUGAUGGACGCAUUGAACCUGGUGACAUGCUGCUGCAGGUGAAUGACAUCAAUUUUGAGAAUAUGAGUAACGACGAUGCAGUGCGGGUCCUGAGAGAGAUUGUACACAAACCAGGGCCCAUCAUCCUCACAGUGGCUAAGUGCUGGGACCCUUCUCCUCAGGGCUACUUCACUCUGCCUCGCAAUGAGCCGGUCCGGCCCAUUGACCCCGCAGCAUGGGUUAGUCACUCCGUGGCUAUGACUGGAGCUUACCCUCCCUACCCAGGCAGCUCCUCCCUCAGCACCAUCACAUCCUCCUCCUCUGUCACCGAGACUGAACGUUUUGAUGACUUUAACUUAUCACUGCACUCUGACAUGGCAUCGGUCGCCAAAGCCAUGGCCUCGCCAGAGUCGGGCCUGGAAGUCAGGGACCGCAUGUGGCUUAAAAUCACCAUCCCCAACGCUUUCCUAGGUUCAGAUGUAGUUGAGUGGUUGUUCCACCACAUCGAGGGAUUUCAGGACCGCCGUGAAGCCAGGAAGUACGCCAGCAACCUGCUGAAGGCCGGCUUCAUUCGACACACUGUCAACAAGAUCACCUUCUCUGAACAGUGCUACUACGUAUUCGGAGACUUGAGCGACUGUGAGAACUACAUGGCCAAAUUGUCCCUGAAUGACAACGAUGGUUCCAGCGGGGCCUCAGACCAGGACACCCUGGCCCCACUGCCACUCCCUGGGGCCUCCCCAUGGCCCAUGAUGCACACCUUCCCCUAUCAGGCCUACCCAGCACCUUCCUUCUCCAGCCAGCCACCUCCGUAUCAUGAGCUCAGCAGCUACAGCUACGCCCCCGGCAGCACUGGCAGCCAGCACAGUGAAGGGAGUCGGAGCAGCGGGUCGACGAGAAGCGAGGGUGAGCGGCGUCGCAGCAGUAAAGGUCCUGGCAGCACUGUGGGUGGAGGGGAGAAAUCCCCCUCCGGUGGCGGUGAAGGCGGCGGGGCCGACUCGCGCUCCGGCAGCGGCAGCGAAUCGGAAUACUCCACACGCAGCAGUCUGAGGCGCGGCCACGGUUCAGCCGCUCCCAGUGAGCACAGCCACGCCUCCUCCCAGCGCUCACAUCAUCACCGCAUGCCUCAUCCACCCCACAUGUCCCCCUACCCACCAGGAAUCCUGCCUUAUAACCCAAUGAUGGUGAUGAUGGUACCCCAGCAUCCGCACCCGGCCAUAGCCGCCCACAGUCUUCAGCACACGCAGCCGAUACCGUCGGCUCCCAUGCACCCCGCAUUACCCCCACCGCCCUCCUCCACUCCCGGGGGACCCCCUGGUGCGCCGCCCACUCGUGACCUGGGCUCCGUACCCCCAGAGCUGACUGCGUCACGGCAGUCGUUCCACCUGGCCAUGGGCAACCCCAGCGAGUUCUUCGUGGAUGUCAUGUAGUUUUCUGUGUGUUUGGUGGCCGUUCAUGUGAAGUUAGUGUUCCCACUUGUUUCAACGAGGAUCUGACGGUAGCUUAUUGAGCUCACAUGUGCCUGUCGGAGUCAGGGCACUAAAUUUGGUCAAACAGGGUUUUAAAAUGAGAAAGACAAUAGAACAAAACAAAAUUGAUCCAAGUACCAAGUGUAGCUUCUCUUCUUCAAACCUACUACAGAGCCACAGCCUGUUUUUCUUUUUCAGGUCUAAACCCAGGAGGUUCUUGUUCUCCUCCUAAAGAAAACUCUCAGUACAAUAUUUAGCAUCCAAUCAUUGCACUCCUUAAAACACUAAGGAGUGCAAGCCAUGUCCCCCUUCAGCCGCUUACCUCCGAGCUGCCGAUGCACAAACAGCAGAGACCACAGUUUAGCACUAGAGGGCGCCAGACACAUUCAGAGAUGCUGUGUGCUUGAAAAGUACAUCUGGUUUUAAGUGCCAGAUUUAUUGGCUGCACGGGAGCAAAGCAAGUCCCUUUCCAUUGUUGUUAAUAUUUCCACACUCCAGGUACAGAAAAUAAUCCAUUUAGUUCCAGCAGUGUUUGACAGCGGGCCGCUCUCUAUAUAUAUCUGUUACUCCUAUGUAAAUGCAACUUUACAGACCAGCAAGCUGUAAUGUGAAAAAAAAGAGGUCCAAAAAUUUCAGGGGAGCUUGUGUUUAGUAAUCACUGUCUAGGCCUAGUCAUGAGAACUCUUGUUGUGAGAAGUAUGGAGUUUGUUUGUUUUUGGGGUUUUUUUGUUUGUUUUUUUUUUUUGGUAUGGGGCUACAGAGACUCGAUGGUACUCGUGGUACUACACUUCCACAGUGGUACUUUUUAAUUACAUGCAGUGUAUCUCUACAGUAACUGUGAUCCAAAUGCCCCAGCUCUCCAUGCUUAUUUUUAUGUUACUGACUCGCAUUAUUCACCCGUUCCUUUUUGUAUGUGUGACCUAUAUAAUUCAUGUAUAACCCAACUAACUAUUAAGGUGCUAAAUGAAGAGUCGACAUUUCAGAAAGAAUGACAUUUAUAGUGUCACAUUGUUUGUUUGAUUUCAUAUUGCCACCUUUGCUUGUGUAUUUGAGAAUAAAUUUGAUACGUA